CCCCUUUUUUUUUUUUUGUUUUAACAUGUAGCUGCGGAACAAGUACAACGCUUCCACGGAAACCACUCUCACCCAGAUCAUUUUAAAUUACUGGAAACGAACGGCGAUUCCAUCCUAGUCGGCGCAAGGAAUAUCAUCUACAAUUUGAGUCUGAAUGAGAUGACAGAAAAUCGAGCUCAGAGAGUUGAAUGGUAUCCGGCGUCGACUCACCGGGAAAUGUGUCUCGUCAAAGGCAAAUCAGAGGAUGAUUGUCAGAAUUACAUCCGAGUACUUGCCCGGAUCAACGACGAGGAGAUGCUCGUCUGCGGGACGAAUGCCUACAAUCCGCUUUGUCGCAGAUAUGGUCGGAACGCAAGCGGAGUGGAAGUUCUCAGAGAGUUCUCCGGAAAGGGACUAAGCCCUUAUGAUCCUAAUCACAACAGUACGGCUGUGUUUUCCGACGGAGAAUUGUACGCUGGAACCGUCUCUGAUUUUUCCGGUUUGGAUCCACUUAUCUACAAAGAUCCCUUGAGAACGGAACAAUACGAUUUUAAACAUUUGAACGCUCCCAACUUCGUUAGUUCGGUAGCCGAUGGUGAUUAUGUCUAUUUCUUUUUACGUGAAACGGCUGUCGAAUACAUCAACUGCGGCAAGACUGUGUAUUCACGCGUGGGCCGCGUGUGCAAAAACGACAAGGGAGGCCCGCAUCGUUGGUCUAAUCGUUGGACGUCAUUUCUGAAAUCUCGUCUCAACUGCUCUCUGCCCGGCGAUUUCCCAUUCUACUUUGACGAAAUUCAAUCGACUAGCGACGUUGUCGAGGGAACUUAUGGACGCCGAACGGAGCGUUUGAUCUACGGCGUCUUCACCACGCCGGAGAACUCCAUUUACGGCUCGGCCAUCUGCGCCUUUCGCCUACAAGACGUGAUGGAUUCGUUCGACGGUGCUUUCAAGGAACAAACUUCGAUGAAUGCUAAUUGGUUACCUGUGAGCGGCAACGAUGUCCCGGAGCCCCGACCUGGCCAGUGCGUCAACGACUCGCGUACCCUGCCUGAAGUGACGCUCAACUUCAUCAAGUCUCACUCGCUGAUGGAUGAAUCUGUUCCCGCCUUUUACGGACUACCUCUCGUCACUCACACUUCUCUCAAGUAUAAAUUCACGAAAUUGGCCGUCGACCCGCAAGUUCGGACUGCUGAUGGCAAAACUUACGACAUCCUCAUUAUCGGAACUGACAAGGGCAAAGUGAUCCGUGCCAUUAACACAGAGUCGUACGACUCCAUCAACAAAGUUCGACCCGUCAUUAUCGAGGAGAUCAAAGUGUUUGAAACGGAAGCGGCCAUUACUAACCUGCGGGUUAUUCCGCAAACGGAAACGACUGGACCACGACUCAUCGUCGUAUCCAAUGACGAAAUUCAAACCAUCCCGCUUCACCGUUGCUACACCGACAGCGUCAUCACCUGCAGUGAAUGCGUGGCUCUGCAAGACCCCUAUUGUGCAUGGAACGCCGCCACUUCCCGUUGCGUCACCGUAGCAUCAGUCGCACCUACCGCCCAAUCUGGACUUAUCCAAAGCAUUUUUACGGGAUAUUCUGAUCAGUGUCCGGAUAAUGCUAUCGUUAAAACGAAAAACAGGACGCCAUCAUCACCAUCGGCCGAAACAGUUGUUACCGAGGAGCCGCUGUGCGCCCCGUGUCAAUGUCCCUGUGCGACGGCGGCGGCGGAAUCGGCGACGGAAGGUUUGAUCCCCAGCACGACCGCCACCUCUGACAGCACUACCACUGGUAGCAGUACCUCUAGUACCACCAGCACUUCCACCACCGUUUCUUUAAGUAGCACCACCUGGCCAAGUCCCCGCCGUACGCAUCAGGGGUUAGACGUGGAAUUAGAGACGAACGUGAUAGUGGAGGAAGGCGAUCGUAAGAGGCCCUUCAUAGAUCCUGGCCACGACGUCUUUGACGACAACGUCAUCAACGCUGCAGGUCCUAAAGUGGGCGCUUCCCAGUCAUCGUUCGGUAUCUACACGGCGGAAACAUUCACAAUCGCCGUGGUUGUUUCGUGCUUCGCAUCGCUAAUUGUGGGCUUCCUCAGUGGCUUGAUGUUUUCACGUCGAUGCAAAAUUGGCGAUUCUUUCGCGUCGUCAUCGGGCGGUUUUAGUGGAGCGCCAUACCUUGAACAGAGGAGAUUAAGCAGGCUCAACGAGACGAACGCGUCUUGUACCGAGCCUAGCAAAAUGAAUAACUUUGUCGACAGUCUCAACAGCGCCGUUCUUAAAAUGGCCAAUGAGAAAAAUAACGCCAAUGCUAACAGCAACACAACGGGGACGCUCGAUCUGAAACCGGCUGUCCAGAAAGUAAAAAAGACUUACGUCUAAUUUGUUUCAUCUCUACGGAUCACCACCUUCUCCAUGUGGUAACUGUUCGGUCACCCGUCGUGGGCAACUCGUGCAGAUCUUGAAUCAACGAGAAGGAAUAUGGAUUCAUAAUUUAAUCUGAAUGAAAUAUAUAUAUAUAUUUUUUAAGAUGUAAAAGAGUAUCAUACACAUUGUUGCCAAAGUUUGUAUACAUCCGGCAGCGGCGGAGAUAAUCAGCAUGUUGUACAGUCGAUUGUUGAAAAAAAAAAAAAUGAUUGUUCCCGAUUAAAUGAAUUUUGAUAUCGCAUGUAAAUACCAGAUUCACUCCAUUACGAUUCACCCCAUGUUCCCACGUUUUCUUUUGUUUGAUGGGUUUCCAUUUGCUCAUUGUCACUCUCAUCAAGUGCCUGCAUGUAAUUGUAUGUAAAAUCCAGCUAUGGUAAACGCGCAUUCUUGUCGUGCCCUAUUCAAAAUACUCUUCCGGUCAAGAGUGACAGCGCUUCAUCCCACCCGUCGUCCGCAACCACCGCAUCAUCACCGUUUCCCCCAUAUUUAAACGACAAUUGCCCUGUCCCCAUCAGAGUAAAUUCAUCUUCCAUUGACAUCCAUCUGAAAUUUGUUUGUAAAACUUUAUACAGCCGUUAUUGCAUGCGUUGAUGCUAAAAACGUCAACUACGUGACAGAAAUAAAUACAACUUUGAAUGUC